AUGGCAGGGGCCAAUGGCACACUUGAGGAUCUGUCUUUUACUCAUCAGCAAUUCUAUAAGGUAGACUUUAAUGCUGUCAACAGUAUUAAAACUGCAGUGGCUGCACUGAUACCCCUGUUCUUCAUCUAUGUAAACUGUGUCAUGCUCUUUGCUCUAGGAAGCAAGCCCAUAUUCCAUGAGACGCCACGCUACAUUCUUUUUGGCCACAUGCUUAUGAGUGACUCCGUACUUUUGCUGGUCACCACCAUCAUGUAUGCCAUGUCUCUGUCUGUCCUUCAAAUAACUAAAGCCAUCUGCACUCUUUUAGUCUUUGUAUCCCACUGCACGCUCCGAAUUGCUCCUCUGACACUGGCAGUGAUGUCCCUGGAGCGGUAUGUGGCUAUCUGCUUUCCUUUAAGGCACUGCAACAUCGCCACACCAAAAAGGACUUGCAUCGCAUUAGGAAUCAUCUGGUUCUUUAGCUCUCUGAGUAUGGGUAUAGACAUUAUAUAUGCAUUAAUUGUCAACCCCAAUUAUUUAACAGAGAUGUCAAACUGCUCACUUGAGAGAUUGUUUAUAGCCAAAUGGCAGAUAUAUAAACAUGAAGUGUUUGAUGUGCUUUAUUUUGUGUCUGUUGCAAUUAUCAUUAUUUUCACUUAUGUUAGCAUUAUUGUGAUAGCCCGGUCUGUUUCAUCUAAAAAAGAUUCUGCUAGGAAAGCCCACACAACAGUGUUAUUGCACUUGAUUCAGCUGGGCCUGUGUCUCACCUCUUUCCUCUAUACUACAAUAGAAAGAACACUGUACAUGCUGAGUGUAGGCAAUUCUUCAAUUUUCAACCACCUCAGAUUUCUGAAUUAUCUUCUUGUUCUUCUGCUGCCACGCUGUCUGAGCCCUCUGAUCUACGGUCUGAGAGAUGAUGCCGUGAGCCCUUUAUUCAAAUAUUUCCUCUGUCGAUCAGGCAAAGUAAGGCCCUCUGUUAAUGUGCAUUAA